AUGCUAACUGAUAGGGAGACGAAGCUGUAUGACCUACUCGGCGUGAGCCCGGAAGCGAGUGAAAGUGAGCUCAAGAAGGCAUACCGUAAGAAGGCGCUGGCCCUUCACCCCGACAAGGGUGGUGACCCGGAGCUUUUCAAGGAGGUGACAGGAGCCUAUGAAGUGCUUUCGGACUCCAGCAAGCGUGAAAUUUACGACCGCUUUGGUGUCGAAGGACUUAGUGACAGCGGUGGUAUGGGUGGCGGUAUGGACCCCCAGGACCUCUUCUCGCAGCUAUUUGGUGGCGCUGGUGGCUUCUUCGGCGGUGGUGGCCGUCCGCGCGGUCCCAAGAAGGGUAAGGACCUGGUACACCGCGUCAAAGUCACAUUGGAGGAUCUCUACAAGGGCAAGGUGACCAAGCUAGCCCUGCAAAAACAUGUGCUUUGUGCCAAGUGUGAUGGGCGUGGUGGUAAGGAAGGCUCCGUCAAGUCCUGCACUACCUGCCACGGUCAGGGUAUCAAGGUCGUCUUGCGCCAGCUGGGCCCGAUGGUGCAGCAGAUGCAGCAGACAUGCCCUGACUGCCAGGGUUCGGGCGAACAAAUUGACGCUAAGGACCGAUGCAAGAACUGCAACGGCAAAAAGAUCACGCAGGAGCGCAAGGUUUUGGAGGUCCGUAUCGACAAGGGUAUGGAGGACGGCCAGCAGAUCACAUUCAAAGAGGAGGCAGACCAGGCCCCGAAUACCAUUCCAGGUGAUGUCAUAAUCAUUGUUGACGAGCAACCGCAUCCCCGCUUCAAGCGCAAACUGAAUGACCUUUUUGUUAAUGUCCAGGUCGACCUGCUGACCGCGCUGGCCGGCGGUAAGGUGAACAUUGAGCACCUGGACGACCAUGCUCUCUCUGUGGAGAUUCCCGUGGGCGACAUCGUGCAUCCUGGCGAUAUGAAGGUACUCCGUGGCCAGGGCAUGCCCUCAUACCGCCACCACGAGAUGGGUGACCUGUACGUGAACCUGAACGUCAAGUUCCCCGACUCGCUGAGCGAGGAGCAGAUGAAGCUGUUGGAGCAGGCCUUGCCCCCGCGUCCCGCUCCUUCGCCGCUGCCUAAAGGCCUGGAUGUCGAGGAUGUGAUCAUGGACAACAUUGAUGAACACGAGGCACAUCGUGCUCGCACGGGCCCCGCCACUACCGGCGAGAUGGAGGAGGACGAUCCCGCUGGCGGCCCGCAGGUACAAUGCGCGCAAGGCUAA